UCAUUGUCAAAUCAAUAACUUGUUUUUGUCGGUUUUUUACUGAUAAAAUAAAGUAGAUAAAACUAUUACAUAGUAAGAAUUUCUUAUAAUAAUCCAGUUAGAAUACAUUGUAUUUUGAAAUAUAUUUAUAAAAUGGCGGCAAAAGUUCCCAAAGUCAAAUUUUAUAAUGGACUUGAGUGUCCUAUCCUUGGUAUAGGAACAUGGAAGUCAAAGCCCGGAGAAGUGACUCAAGCUGUAAAGGAUGCUAUAGACAUUGGAUACCGUCAUAUUGAUUGUGCAUUCGUGUAUGGUAAUGAAAAGGAAGUGGGGGAGGCAAUCACUGCUAAGAUAAAGGAGGGAGUUGUUAAAAGGGAGGAUUUAUUCAUCACAUCCAAGUUAUGGAACACCUUCCACCGGCCUGAUCUAGUGCGUGGUGCGUUGAUGAAGACAUUGGAAUAUCUGAAUGUGGAUUAUUUGGAUCUGUACCUAAUACAUUGGCCGCAGGCUUACAAGGAAGACGGAGAUUUAUUCCCAAAGGAUGAAUCAGACAACAUCCAAUUCUCCGAUGUGGAUUAUCUGGAUACUUGGAAAGCUUUAGAACCAUUGCAAAAGGAAGGUCUGGUUAAGAGUUUGGGUGUGUCAAACUUUAAUUCCAAGCAGUUGGCGAGGUUGCUACAGAUUGCUACCAUCAAACCUGUCACUAACCAGGUGGAAUGUCACCCAUAUUUAAACCAAUCCCGUCUCAAAGCAUUCUGUGAACAACACAAUAUAGUUAUAACUGCAUACUCUCCGUUGGGUUCUCCGGACAGACCGUGGGCUAAGCCCGGAGACCCUCAGCUACUAGAGGAUGAGAAGUUAAAAGCUAUUGCGGAUAGAUUGGGCAAGACUGUAGCUCAAGUUUUGAUUAGAUAUCAAAUAGAUCGAGGUAACAUUGUCAUUCCUAAAUCAGUGACAAAGUCUAGAAUUGCGAGCAACUUUGAAGUGUUUGAUUUCAAAUUGUCCAAAGAAGAUUUGGAUCUUAUCAACACUUUUGAUUGUAAUGGACGUCUAGUACCUAUGACUGCAUCACUCGGUCACAAAUACCAUCCUUUUGAAAACGAUGAAUAUUAAUAAUAUUAUAAUGUUUUUAUUCUAAUAAACAUGUAAUGUUAAGUACGAAUAAAGGAUUUUAUUGAA